AAACAAUAUUGUUCUAGAAUUGCGCGGUGCUGGCUGGGAGGUACAUAACGUGAACAUGCAUGGCCACAUCAAUAGCUGUCAUGUAUGCCCGCAUAUAUAGUUUUAAGCCUAUUAUUACAACUGUACAUUAAGCAGUUUGAAUAUUAUUACAAUUUUAUAAUAAAGUUAGGUUAAAAGCUCUCAUAUGUCACUCUGCUUAAAGACUAAAUUAUUACCAGAAAAUUUUAUUUUAGCCACCUCCUAUAAAUAUCUGUCCAACCACAUUAGUUCCUUGUCACAAAGUACCACAUAUCUCCACUCCUAUCUCAAUCUCAUCUUCCUCUCUCCACCUUUUUUUCUUUCUUCUCUUCAUUUUUUUUUUUUUUUUUUUUUUACAAAAAAGUUCAUUUAAGAAAUAAAAAGAGAUGGAUAAAAGACCAUGCAACUCUCAAGAUGCUGAAGUGAGGAAAGGACCUUGGACUAUGGAAGAAGAUUUGAUUCUCAUUAACUACAUUGCUAAUCAUGGUGAAGGUGUUUGGAACUCCCUAGCUAAAUCUGCUGGUCUCAAACGUACCGGAAAAAGUUGUCGGCUCCGGUGGCUUAAUUAUCUCCGGCCUGAUGUCCGGAGGGGCAAUAUUACACCUGAAGAGCAACUUUUGAUUAUGGAGCUGCAUGCUAAGUGGGGAAACAAGUGGUCGAAAAUUGCGAAGCAUUUACCUGGAAGAACAGAUAACGAGAUAAAGAACUAUUGGAGGACUAGGAUUCAGAAGCAUAUUAAGCAACCAGAGAACGUGAAUGGACAAGGAACUUCAGAGCAAAAUAUUGACCAUCAAGAAGGAAGCAGUAGCCAAAUGUCUUCUGCUGGUCAAGUAGAUACCAUAGAGACAUACUCUCCAACUUCAUACAAUGGAAAUAUGGACGCUAAUUUUCAAGCCCCUAAUUUUCUCACUGAAACAAAUGACAAUAUGUGGAGCAUGGAGGAUAUCUGGUCUAUGCAGUUGCUCCAUGGAGAUUAAGUAUGUUUGGAAUAUUUAAUUUAAGUAAUUAAACCUUAGAUUGAACCAACUUAGUAUGUAUUAUCAAAAAAGCUGCUAGAUAUACAGCUAGCCUAUAUAUAGUGCUAAAAUUCUGCAUAAUUUGAGUUCCCAAGUGUUCUCUGUGUAAUAUGAUGAACUCUUAUGUAACCCUGUUCAUAUUGUUAUUAAUAUAUAGAUUCGAUUAACGUAUAGUCGAGUCAUUCUGCAACUUGAA